GGUGUUAUUCAUUUUUCUGUUGGCUGUUUACAAGUAAGUUCGCUUUUACUCAACUGAUACAUCACAACAAAUUAUGGAACUUUACAAACGAGCCUGAAGAUUGUGUUAAAUUUUAUCAACAUUUCGACAAAAGACAACAAACCAGCUGAAAAGAUAAAACAAUUUAUUAUAUAACAUUUUAAAAAAAGGUUACAUGACGGUGAUGAAAAUAAUGAGUUAUCCUUCAGCUUCGUAUAACGAGAAGUAUGCCGAUUUAAACAAUCCGGAUUACCUUCCGACGCCUUCACACAUGAGACCAAUUCUUCCCCAAGAAAACGCAUUUCGAUGGCCGCACACCAACAACCCGUCAACCGAUCGAUCAUCAACAUACAAUCACACGCCAUAUUUUCAAGAAAAAACUCCACCUCGUGUAGACUUUCGCUAUGCUGACCUACGAUAUCCACACGAACCAACACGCAAUCGACACGAUGCUGCAUCGAUACUUCAAUACAACGAUCAACAAAGACUACAUGACUUUCAUACGCAGCAAUUUCAAAAGAAUACAGACGUAAGAGGCGGACAGACGUCUACUGAAGUUCGCUUUCCAACCUCUGCUAGUCCCAGUUGUUUAAAGAAACCCUUACACGACUCGUAUGACGGUCGUACUCCAUUUGAAAAUGCACAUUUAUCACAUAUAAAUCUUCCGAAACACAGUUUUACACCACCAAUAGAUGUUCGACAUCCAAUAAACUCGAGCCCUUAUCCUCCGCCUCAAACGAAUACUAGAACUUUUACUGAGACACGUUUUACUCCUGAACCAUCAACAGAAGCAUCUACUCCAUCAAGUAACCAGCCUGUUUAUACUUCCAAAGAAAUCGCCCUGCCUGUCUUGACGAAUCAAAUGGAAAGGGCGACAAGUCCAAUGGAAAAAAUAAUGAAGUUGAACGUGAAAAACGAAACUGUAUUUUCAGCGAAAGAAAAACUCACAGAUGAGCAUGAUACUGAAAAAUUAACCUCAAGCGCAGAAUGCUCAAGUACUAAAAAAACAGAAACCGGUAAAAUGAAAAAUGAAAACGAAAGAAAAACAGAAGAAGGCGAAAAAGAAGAAAAACAUAGUACUAAAACACUUAUACAAGAAUUAAAAAACGAACAAAAAACAGAAAUCGUGUCGACAUCGUCAGAAAAGAAAAAGUCACCAGGUUCUAAUUCACCAGAUAACGGUCUACCGAGUUAUACAGCUAUGAUUGCACAAGCCAUUCUCAAGAAAGAAGGAAGUAAAAGCACGCUUUCUGACAUAUAUGAGUACAUGGAAAAACAUUUCCCUUCUCUCGAAAGACGUGGCACUGGUUGGCGAAAUUGCGUGAGACAUACGCUAUCUCUCAACGAUUGUUUCAUCAAGUUGCAUCGGCCUGAAAAUGGACGAAGCUGCAACUGGGCAGUGCAUCCUUCCUACUUUGAUAGUUUCUCAAGAGGUGACUAUAGAAAACGAAGAGCGUUAAGAAAACGACCACGAGGGUUACAAUGGAUCGAUCCCAUCAUGCUUGGCGGAUACCCCUUUGCACGCGAACAUGAAAUCAUGCACCAAGAAUUAGACCAACAACAGUCUCCGUUCUAUCAUUACCCACAAACUGCACCUGGGGUAUGGAGCUCACCACAGCCCUUGUACACCAACCCAAACAUUGGGCAAGCUUCACCAAACCACCUACAACACUUCCCACAACCCCCUCCACCGCCAAUGAUGCACCCAUUGUACCCAACCCACCCCAGCCAUCAUGGUCACCUUCAUAGUAAUCACUGCUCCAAUCCAGAUUGUUACUGUCAAUAUAAUAAGAACAAUUAUCGAAUUUAUACUCCCUAAUAUGGGGCGUUUCAGUCGACAGACACUAAAAAAAACUUUUUACAUUUUUAAGUUUGUAGUUGUCGUUAUUACUCGUGUUAUUUAUUCUGUAAAUAAUAA